AUGGCGGCAGCGCAGCUGCUUCGAACAACGGCUGUGACCGAUGGGGAGGAUGAUACAAUCCCGACCCAGGUGGAGCGGCGCUCCCAGGACGAGGUGAACCAGAAGGUGAGUGAGCUGGUUCAGUUCCUGAUGGUGAAGGACCAGAAGAAGAUUCCUAUCAAGAGGGCCGACAUGCUGAAGAAUAUAAUCCGGGAAUACAAGGACGCCUACUCGGAAAUCGUCAACAGGGCGGGCAGGAUCCUGCAGGAGGUGUUGGGGCUGCAGAUGGUGGAGAUCGAUACCAAACGCCACAUCUACAUCCUCACCAAUAACCUGCCCCGCGCUGAGGGCCAGUACCUGUGCAGUGAUAAGGAGAAGCAGAAGAUGGGGCUCCUCUUAGUCGUCCUCAGCUUCAUCUUCAUGAAGGGCAACUCUGUCAAAGACAGGGGAUAUUGUCCCCAAUUUGGGGAGGGACACAAGGGGGAACAGUCCCGUUUUUAG